AUGAAGCAGGACAUUCCAGAAUUAAACAUCUUGAUUUUUGUGACGUGCGAGAACGCAACGUUCAAACACAGGUACGCCAUAGCCAUAGAGCAUUGGCUAUCGAAAGUCUCCGAGACCUUUGACGUGAAGCCGGUCCUUAAAUUCAAGGAAGUCAACAUUAUAACCGCCGGCAUCCCCAAAAUGGACGAAAUAAAGAAACACCACGGUACGUUCUCAGUUUCUCAAAUUCCCUUAGGGAUUGUCAUCAGCGGGAGUUUUUCAAGAACCAGGGACAAUAAGCCCUGGAUGGAUAAGCUCCGGCACACCAUUAGACUGUGCUACGUGAAUCAAAUUCCCAUUUUCGGGAUUUGCUUCGGAUUUCAGAUUUUGUCUCAGGCCUUUGGCUCCUCCUGCGAGCCUUCGCCUCACGGGUUCAACUUCGGAGGAUUUUUGUAUAAGUUGAGCGACAGGGCGCUUCCCUUCUUUAGGCCUUUUAUUGAGGACUUCUACAAUGACGACAAGGCCCUUAGGCUAUUUGACUCCGAUUUAGACGCCGAUGGCGCAAAUCACAACCUUCACACACCUAAUCACUCAACGACGAAUGGCUUCGCUAACAAUAAAGAUUCUUUGAACAACAACUCGAAAGUUGCCAACGGGCACUUUGUUGAGUCCGAAGCCUCUGAAAAAGCUGCUCCAGUUAUUAAAAAAUCGAUGGAUUCCAUGCUUGGGGCAUUCUCUCACAAUGACAUUGUAACUUCCUUGCCAAACGUCGACAGCAUCGAUUUCGGGGACCUUUCUUACAUUGAUCGCACCGAAUUAUACGAAAGUCUCUCCGACAUGGUUCCCAUCGCCAUCUCUUCACUAGACAAGGUUCCUUUCGUGGGACUUUUGAUCGGGAACAGGUCGAAGACCUUCAUUGUGGCCAUUCAGAUUCACCCUGAAUUCGACACCGUCACAGGUACCUUUUGUCGGCCUCAACUUUUUUCAGGGCAAAAAUUUUGGAGGGAGAUUCUCAGCCUUAAAAUAAGCCAGGGCGUCAUCACCGGGCAGCAGUACGACGACAAUCUACAGGCUCUCAAGUUUUCAAACUCAGGCUACGUUUACGGAAGGAUGGCCCUUUCCCUAUUCAUGAACGGCCACUUGAAGCCCAAGUAUUGA